GGUCUGGACGACGCCCACCGGUCUCCAGGGCCAGGCGCUGCGAUGAGCUACCCGGCCGUGCGCGGGGCGGGGCGGGCGGGCGGGCGGGCGGGGCUCGGCUCACUUCCGCCUCGGCUCCCGGCUCCGGCAUGGCGCCGUGCAUGCUGCUGCUGCUGCUGCUGCUGCUCCGGUGCGCCGUCCCGGGUUCCACCGAGAACUCCAGCUGGCCAGCUGCGCCCGGCAACCACACAUACGGGGGGCCCCCGGGCACGGGCCCCAUGCUGCUCCGCUUGUUCUACGUAACCACCGGGCUCAGCGGCCUGAUCUCGCUCUACUUCCUCAUCCGGGCUUUUAGACUCAAGAAGACACAGCGAAGGAGGUAUGGGCUUCUGACCAACACAGAGGAGCAUGAAGAGAUGGCCUCCCAGGACAGCGAGGAAGAGACUGUCUUUGAAACCAGGAAUCUGAGAUGAUCUGGAGGGGGACGUCAGGCUGCAAGGACAGUACAGGACCUGUUCUGCUGUUCUGCGGGCUUGGAUGUCAACCUUCCUGGAGGGACGCCGCGUGGGCCAGGACAGUCACCUCGCCGAGAGCAGCUCCCAGACUGGGGUCCCCAAAGCUGGACUGACUUGUGCUGCUCGGUCACCCUGCCUCCCGACGGCGUGAUGGAGAGGACGGACCUUGGGGUCUUUAGGGCGUCUUCCUGCUGCUUUGGGGACAAUAAAGAAGCAGUGGCUUUGUGGCUGGCCUGAAACCCCCCUGGACUCCACACCCAAGUGUCCUGGUGAAGUGAGUGAGGGUUGUCAUCCCUGGCUGCCUAGGACAAGGCCCUUCCCGUUGAUAUGCUCCAAGGCCGCAGCUGUGGCGCUCUGCCUCCGAGUAUUGGCACCUGUGGCCGAGUUUCCCAGGAGCUUCUGGGCCUCAGUUCAACAUUAGCCAUUCCCCUCUGUGGUCCUAGCCUGAGGGGAGACGGGGACAGGGAAGCCCAAGUCACUUGCCGCCUGAGGUCAGCCCCAGUCUUCCUGGGCGACUGUUCUGGCCACUCUGUCUCCUCAUAACAACAAGUUGCCACCAGGUGGCAGUCACACGCCGCCUAGCCUCCCAGGACCCCGCAAGUGUGUCCUCUAAAGAACCCUCCUACCUUUGUGUCCUGGCGGGUGGCCUGAACUUGUCCAGCGCCUUGCCUGUCCUGUGGGCACCCAGUCUUCACCCACUUCCGGGCCCCACUGACCCUCCAGCUGGGCUGAGCUGGGCCCCUGAGGCUGCUUGGGUCCACCGGGAGUGUUGGUGCCAGGCUGGGUGGCAGUCUGUCUCCAUGCUGUGGUCUGGAUGGAGAGCCUGGCCAAGCCCAUUCUGGUAUCUGUCUGCCCCCUCCAGUGGCUGGGUCCCUGCUCAGCCAGGCCUGAUGCCCAAAGGAAGCCUCUGUGGUCUGCACCCCCAACCUGCACCCAGGGGAAGCCAGUGUUCCUGAGUCGUGACUCUGGGCGCCCUCUGCCCUGUCGGUCACUCGCCAUCUUGGUAUUGUGCCUGCUGGAUGGGCCUUGUUCCCGGUCCCCCAAACUCUGUGAUCUGCGCCCCUGGUCCCGCAGCUCAGCCAUGGCUGGAGCUUCAAAAGGCAGGGUGAUUAGUCUAAUGAGGUCAGGAGAGACCCAGGCCCCCGCCACAGCCUGCGCCUGAGCGCAGGGAGGGUGGCCCCACCACCAUCCGCCUGUCAGCAGUCACCGCACCCCAGCAUUAGCACGGAUAAUUGGCAGUUCCGUCAAGGUUAAUGCACUAUUAGCCGGCGCUCUGCACAGCUGAAAGCCAGGAGAGGGGCCUGUCAGGCGAGAUGGAAGGCCUUGGGGCCUGGCCAGCCUGCGUGUGCAUGAAGAUUGAGUGUGCAUGCCUGGGGCAGCUCCCAGCACUAACUAAACGCACACGCGGCAGGCAUUGAACUCAAGACACCGUUGCCACUUGUACCCGUCCUAAAUCUGAGCCCUGGCCUGGCAGAGAGACAGGCAGGUAAGGCCAAUCGCUGCCAACCCCGAGUUGGAUUCCCGGAACCCACGUGGUCAAAGGACAGAACUGACUCCUGUAAUUUGGCCUGGGACUGCUACCUACUCCACAAUACACAAAAAAUAAAAGCCAAGGCCUCUG